UGCCAGGACCAUGUGAUGUGGCCUGCCAAUUGACAACCUGUUUUUCAUUUGUGUGUGGUAGCUCUUCAUCUUCUUCUACUUCCCAUAACUUCACUUGGCUUUUUUCGGGUUGUUCGUUGCCAACAGUCUUGUUCCUCCUUUCCUCUCCCUUUUCUCUUCUUUUUUUAUUGCCUCUGCUUUUCACUUGAACAUCUUAAUUCCUGCUGCUUGGUACAAGUGUUAAGCUUGCUCUUGAUCCUCUCAUGGCUACAGAAACUGCUGCAUCACAUCAUGUUCCUACCACUGAUGAUGAGCAAGUUGAAAAGAAGGUGAGUGAAGAAGAAAAGGCUUCUGAAAAAGAAAGUGUUUCUUUACCCCAAGGAAGUGGAGAAGAAAUAACCAAAACUGAGGAUGCAACAAGUUUAGCAACACCAGCUGAGUCUGAAGGUGUUGAUCAUAAGAACAUUGAGCCUCCUGUAGUCGAGGCUGAGAAGACUAAUGGUGCUCCUGUGCCAGAUGUUCCAGUGGGAGUCGAAACGAAGGUGGAAAAUGAAUCCAUUGCUGAUUCACAAACACCCGCUAUUCCAAAGCAAGUGGCUGAUGCUGCUGAGAGCCCAAUAGAGGUUAAGACAAACAUCGAGUCUGUAGUAGGAGAAGCACCAAAAGAACCAUCAAUAGGUAUCAUUGAAAUAGGCCAAGUGGAGCAACCAAAGAUAGUUGAUGCUCCUCAAUCAUCAGUUGAAGCCAUUGAGAAACCAAAGGAGUCAGUAGCAACAGUCCUAAAAGAGAUUAAAGACUCAGAGCCAGAGCUUGCUAUUGCAAAAGUGGAGGAAAAACCAAAAGACCAAUCUGAAUUUUCUCGACUAGAGAAAAAACACGAUGAGGAGCCUGAAGAGCGCCUGCAGGAUGAAACGGUGAAAGAUGAAGGGUCUGUAGCUGACAAGGUUGAGCAUAUCACAUUCUUGGAGCAAGGGAAAAUUGAAACAGUCGAUACACCUAGUCUAGCAGUGGAGGAAGAACCAGAACAACCUAAACUUACAGCAGAAGAGAAGAAAUAUGAUGAAGUUGAGCCUGAGAAAAGUGUGGAGGAUGGAGGAGUAAAAGAUGACGGAUCUUCAUUUGGUAAGGUUGAGGAGCCCACAUUCCUGGAAGAAGGGAAAACUGAUAGAGACGACAAGCCUAGUCUAAUCGAAACUCCAGAAGAGGCUUCACUUAGUCGGGAAGCUCAAAUCAAGCUACAAGAUGAAGGGGAUUCUUCUCUACCUGAAGUCACAGAAAAGAUCACUACUGAGGACCAAAAGAAAGAAUCAAGUGGGGUUGAUGUGGUUGAGAAGCUAGCAGAAGAGGCAGCAGUGGAGACUGAAAAGUUUGGAGAAGAGAAUGUGGAGACUGGAAACGUUGAAAGGGAGAAUGUGGAAACUGAAGAUACAACUCAACCAAUUAAAGAAGACAGAAAGAAGGAAAUAAGUGGGUUUGAUGUGGUUGAGAAGCUAGCGGAAAAGGCAGUGGAACUGGACACGGUUGGAGAAAAGGAGGUGGAGACUGAAGAGGAUGUAAAGGAAACUAUAGAGGAUGAAAAGAAAGAAUUAAAUGGGGCUGAUGUAAUUGACAAGCAAACAGAAGAGGCAGAGGUGAAGUUCGAAAAAGUUGAAGAAGAGAAUGUGGCAAAGAAUGUUGAAACUGAAGAUAAUGAAAAGAGGAAUGUUAUAAGUGAGGAUUCAGCUAAACCGAUUGAAGAGAAGCAAAAGAAAGAAGUUGGUGGGGUUGAUGUGGUUGAGAAGCUAGCAGAAGUGGCAGCAGUGAAGUUGGAAAAUGUAGAGAAUGUUAUAAGUGAGGAUUCAAGUCAACCAAUUGAAGAGGAGCAAAAGAAAGAAGUAGGUGGGGUUGGUGUGGUUGAGAAGCUAGCAGAAGUGGCAGCAGUGAAGUUGGAAAAUGUAGAGAAUGUUAUAAGUGAGGAUUCAAGUCAACCAAUUGAAGAGGAACAAAAGAAAGAAGUAGGUGGGGUUGGUGUGGUUGAGAAGCUAGCAGCAGUGGCAGCAGUGAAGUUGGAAAAUGUAGAGAAUGUUAUAAGUGAGGAUUCAAGUCAACCAAUUGAAGAGGAACAAAAGAAAGAAGUAGGUGGGGUUGGUGUGGUUGAGAAGCUAGCAGCAGUGGCAGCAGUGAAGUUGGAAAAUGUAGAGAAUGUUAUAAGUGAGGAUUCAAGUCAACCAAUUGAAGAGGAACAAAAGAAAGAAGUAGGUGGGUUUGGUGUGGUUGAGAAGCUAGCAGAAGUGGCAGCAGUGAAGUUGGAAAAUGUAGGGGAAGAGAAGGUGGAAAAGAAUGAUGGAAUUGAAGAGAAUGAAAAGAUAAAUGUGAUAACUGAGGAUUCAACUCAACCAAUUCAAGAGGACCUAAAGAAAGAAUUAAGUGGGGUUGAUGUGGUUGAGAAGCUAGCAGAAGAGGCAGUGGUGGAAAUAGAAAAGUCUGGAGAAGAGAAUGAAACAAAGAAUGUGAAACUUGAAGAAAACGAAAUCAGAAAUGUGAUUAAUGAGGUUUCAACACAACCACUUGAAGAGGAGGUCAACAGCUCUAUUUCUCCCGCUGAAGUUACAGAAAAAUCAUUUGAGGGAGCUGAGAAAUAUGUUGAACCUGCAGUGGAAAAUGAAAGAGCAGAACAGAUAAAAGAUGAGACUCCAGCUAAAGUUGAAACCAAGAAAGAUGAGAGUGUGGAGGAAAAGCAAGAUGAAGUUACUAGAGCUGAUGAACCACUUAAAGAUUCCAAGCAAUCUGAGUCAGAAGUAAAAGGAGAGGAUAAACUGGAGGAAAAACAGGAUGAAACAGAUGCUGGUAAAUUGGAGAAAGUCGAUGACGAUGUAGCAAAAUCUAAACAGAAUAUAGAGCCUCCUCCCACCAAGGAUGGUGAUCAAACAAAACCCUCCCAGGACCUGCCAAAGGAAGCUCCAGCUAAGCCCUCUCAGAAACAGUCAAAUACCAUUUUGUCGAAGGUAAAGCAGUCACUGGUGAAGGCAAAGAAGGCAAUCAUUGGGAAAUCUCCAAGCUCAAAAAACCCUGCCUCUGGAACCAAGGAUGAUAUUAAAGUCAAAUAAUGAGAUGGAAUAUUAGUUUGCAUAUAUCACAUAUUGUAUCUUCCCUCAUUCUUGUGAUGUUUAUAUGAUUGUGGUUCCCCCCCUUGGUGUUGCUGCUCACUCUCAGAUCAUGGCUUGUGUUUUGAUGGUAAAAGGAUGCGUGCAUAUAGAACAUAUAGGCUCCUGCCAGACUCAGUAGCGUAAAGUGGUGUGUAUAUUGUUAGUAUCUUCCCCUCUUGACACUGUUGAUUUGAGUUGUAGAUUGUAAUUACUGUCUGUGUUUUGGUGCUUGAUUGUUGUUAGUUAUCGCCAAGAAAGAAGUUUAAUAUUGUGAAAAAUGGAAUGUGGAUUUAUGUUCAA